GGGCGUAUCACCAGGCUCCUACUCAAUCGCUAGUGCGCUAGAGCGCUAGAGCGCUAGCUAGAGCGCUACAUGGCGCUAGAAGGCGCUAGAAGGCGCUAAAAGGCGCUAGUACGGCGCUACAGUGAUAGAUAGCUUCUUCGCCCACUACCCCACUUGUCACUUGACACUAUUUCUGACCAGGUUUCAAAAGUUCUAUCUUUGAAAGUACUUUCGUACUUUCGUACAUUUAGCCUCUGAGGUUCGAAUUUUCAUCGUAUAAACAAAUGAUUUGAUAGCAAUAUUGAACUCAUCGCACGCCUUCGGUGGCUCUUCGCCCCAUGAGCUCAUGUUGCAUCAUCACAUCUGAUCGAAAGCCACGCGGGCUUCGCCCGCGUGAUAUUCGCGCGGUCGCCGUACCCUUAAACCCUAAACCCCAAACCUACCCCCCUACCACUACCUCGGGUGGAACUACGUUUUUCAAUAUCCUAAAACUCGCGGCCACCGUUUCGCCACCCUCGCGACUAGGGUCUCGCGACGCCGAGCUCGCUCCGACGCGAACGCGUAACCCUAAACCUAACUAGGGUUCGAGGACCCUAGCCGCGAGGGGGCGGAACGGGGCCGCUCGGGGGGUGGGGCGUCUUGUCCGAGCUCUCGGCGCGUACGUAUGGCGGCGACUAGCGACAGUGUGCUAGCUAGCAGUUUCUAGCGCUAGCUGGAUGACAGCAGCAACUGCCAGCUUAAGAGCUAGCAUCAGAUAGCAGCGGUUAGCAGAAAAUAGCGGCUGGCAGCAGUUAAGAGCGGUGACUCGCGCGAGCACUAGCGCUAGUAGCACUCUAGCACUAGCGGCAGCCAUCCAUGACCGGGACAGCAGAACUUCCAGCCAUCAGAUAGCAGCGGUUAGCAGAAAAUAGCGGCUAGCAGCACUUAAUAGCGGCGACUCGCGCGAGCACUAGCGCUAGUAGCACUCUAGCACUAGCGGCAGCCAUGGGCGGGUCCAGAGUACCUAGAAGCGAUUCGCAGCGGCGGAGGAUCAUAGCGCGUUUCUAGCUCUUCGCGAAUCGCUACGAAGUGCUAGCGGCUGAGGUGGCAGCGAACAGCUAGCACAUGUAGCGAACGAGCGCGCC